AUGGUGACGGUCCUCAAGCAUUCUCCAGGGUCAACAACAGAUCCGCUCUUAAGCUGGAAGGACGCCUUUUGCGCCAAAUUUGACCACAUCUAUGCUCGAUUCUGGCAACAAAUUAAGGCAAGAGCUCUACAAUCUACCACAGCUGACAUGCAUCAGCCUUCUGAUGAUACCGGGGUCUGUACCUCUCUUUCUGAGCCAGGAACCCUAAAGGGGCCAUAUCCUGAGCGCCAACCAUACACCCGGGGCCCUCCACCUCACGUCUGGGAUGCUUACCCGAACACCGAAGUCAGUGGACAUCGUGCUGUAGUUCCUGUGAAGGUUUGGAGCUGA